AUGAAUAUUGUAAUUUUAUUUUUCUUUUCAUUAUAUUUUUUAAGAGGAAAUUCAUUUCAUCAUAACAAAAUAAUUUAUAAAAAAAUAAAUACAGAUAAUAAAAGCAUUAUAUUUAAAAACAAACAUAAAUUUUAUCUCUUAAAAAAGGAAAAAAAUAUAAACCAGUUAUAUUCUAUAAGGAGUCCUAUAUCAAACUUACUGAAUAAUCUGAAUCCAACAAAUGUAAGAAGAAUAAUUGAAGUAGUUCCAUUUGAUAAAAUAAAAAAUGUUUUUCAUGGAUAUUUUUCAUAUUACAAUAGUUUAUUUAAAAAAUGUAAGUUAGACAGAAUAAUUAUAGCAUUGAAUACAUUAUUAUAUUUAUAUUUAAAUCAAGUAGACAAAAAUAAAGAAAAAAAAAUUUUUUUUCAUAAAGGGAGCUUAUUAGAAGUAAAGGAUGAACAAAGAUGUGAAAAAUACAAAUGUAAUUACAAUGACAUUUAUAAGAAUAGAAAUUAUAAAACUUUUUUUACUUCCAUUUUCAUUCAUAAAAAUAUUUUACAUUUAUAUUUUAAUAUGAGCUCUCUGAUAUCUAUAUAUAGACUAAUUUCAUUAAUUUAUACUAAUAAUCAAAUAUUAAUUGUAUUCUUAUUAUCUGGUUUUUUAUCUAAUGUAUUUUCUUACAUUUAUGAUAUGAAACAAAAAAAUAAAAACGUUUUUUUAAAAGAUGUAGUUGAUCAAAAUUAUGUAAAUAAAAAUUAUUUUAUUAAUAGAAGUAACAAAAUUACAUGUGGUAGCAGUUCUUCUAUUUAUUCUUUAUAUGGAAUGCAUAUUACAUACAUAAUAUUUUUUUAUUUUAAAAAUCGAUAUAUUAUAAAUACAAAUUUUAUAUAUAAUUUUUUUUACUCAUUUAUUACUUCCUUACUUUUGGAAAAUGUAAGUCAUUUUAAUCAUAUUUUCGGAUUUUUAUGUGGAUCACUGUUUUCUUUUUUUAUCAUUUUAUUUGAUAAAAAUUAG